CAAAAAGCCAGAAACGCAGACAACUCGCACUCUUCAUAUUCUCCAAGUCUCAAUUUAGGGUUCCGAUUUUCUCAAUCUCACAGUGGUAAUGGAAGGGAAAAAUACUGCAAUAAGAAAAAGGAACUCUACAACUAAGAGACAAUGGACAAAACAAUAAGAUGCAGCACUAGUCGAUUGCCUUGUUGAAAUAGCAAAUGACCCCACGUUAAAGGGAGAAAAUGGAUUCAAGACGGGAUAUUUGUUGCGCUUGGAAAAGAUGCUACAUCUAAGGUGUCCAGGAACAAAUAUCAAGGCAACCCCCCACAUUGAAUCUAGGUAUAAGCUAUUGAGGAAGCAUUUCCUUGCCAUUCAAGAGAUGCUUAACAAAGGUAGUGGAUUCGGCUGGAAUGAUGUUGAGAAAUGUGUUACUGUCAGCAAAGAUGUCUUUGAUGAAUGGGUUAAAAGUCACCCUACUGCAGCUGGUUUAAGAAACAAAGAAUUUCCUCACCUUGAUAGCUUGAUGCAUGUUUGGGGAAGUGAUUAUGCAACAGGAACUGCUGCAGAAACUCCAGCGGAUGCAGUGGAGGAAAUAGAGAAAGAAAAAGAUGAUGAAGUUGAUCUUACUGAUGGUAAUCAUGAGGAAUGGGAGGAGGAAAGAGGAGAAAAAGAAGUUGAUCAAACUGAGUCAUCUGUUUGCCCAUCUACUAAAAUCAAUCAAGGCAAAAAACAAGCUAGUAACAGGAAAAGGUCUAGAAGUGAAGAUGGAUUGAAUGACUUAGUAGCUGAGAUGCAUGAGUAUGUAGGUGCUUACAAGGAAGCUAAUGAGCAAAUCAAAGACAUAGCAACCUACUUUAAGAAAGAAGCUGAGAACACAGAUAGAAAGAUGAAGAUAUUUGAAGAAAUCAUCAAACUACCUGGAUUUUCAAGGCAAGAAGUCAUAGAAGAUGGUGAGCAUAUUUUAAAGGAUGCACACAAGAUUGAUACCUUCUUUGCUUUGCCUAAUGAGUUCAGGAGGGAUUAUGUAAUGAAGCAGUUGUAUGAGGUUAGUCCAUACACACCAAGCUUUGACUUUCAUGGUGGAAACAAUGCAUAAGAAGUACGAUGAAGGUUGUUUGGGGUUUUUUUGACUCGAUGCAUGACUUUGAUGGUGGCAUUGUUAUUUUUGGGAAUUGGCUACCAUUAGAAUGUUGAUAUUAUCUAAUGUAAAUGGUUGGAAGUUAGGCUUGUUUUGUGACUGAAAAACAGGGCUGCCAAUUAUAUUUUUGGUUUAGCAUUGGUAGCAAUAUAUGUAUAGAAAACAUGGGACUAUAUGAGUCCAUCUUUUGAAACUCAUCCCUACUAUA